AAAAAAAAAAAUUUAAUAGUAACUAUCGCGUCAAACCAAUCUCCUCCCUACGAAACCAAUCUCCUUCAAAGGUAUGGUAAUAUGAAUCAAGCUGUAGUUUCUACCGGUGCUCUUCCACCUUCAACAACAACUCAAAUAACAACUCUAACAACUAAUGAUUCAAAAUUUGAAUGUAAUAUAUGCGGGAAACUGUUUAAAAAAGGGGGGAUUGACUAGACAUUUAAAUACUAUUAUAAAAUACAACUCUUUACUUCCAGAUAUUGAUGCUUUACCUGAUAAUACCGUACACCAAUUUAAAGCCAUCUUAGUUCACUAUAUUCGCAAAAGAUUACCAAAAGGAUAUAGGCAAUUAGGAAAACAAACAGUUUCUAUUCCCGCUACUGAAAGUCAGUUUUAUGCAGUAUUUAAAAACUAUAUACAUUACUACUCUGCUACAAAGGGUAUUUACAAGUGUAUAUUUCGUAAAGGUUCAUCAAAUCAAAUAUUAGCAAAUAUUCUAGAGAUGAAAGGUUGGGAGACUAAAUUUUACGAUCAACGGCAAUGUACUUAUGUUGUACUUUGUGAUGAUGACAAUAAUAUUGAAGAUGGUGACGAAAAUCCUAUUACAGCUGCAUUAACUUAUGAAACAAUUAAAAAAUUACGCAAACCAAAAUGCAUACGUGGUCAAUUAGUAGUAGAAUGGAAAAAACAAAAAAAUACUGAUUUUAAUGGUAAUUUCACUCACGCAGGUCACAUUUAUUUUCAUUUUUACAAUAGCCAGGCUAUGAUUGAAUAAAAUAGAUUAUUUGAUCACGAAAAAAACAGUAUCAAAGUAUAUUAAGCAUUUUCAUUCUAAUUAUUUUCAGCUUUAAUAUGA